AUGAAUGCUCGAAAAAGUAGUAAUAAAAUGGGGCUGGAUCUUUAUCAGUCAGACAAUCUUCGUCCUCUACAGCGUACAAAAAGGAGUUGGAUUAUAACCACCUUUGAACUUGAAGAGGAGGACAAAGGACCAUUCCCCAAACUUGUUGGAGAGCUGUUCAACAACAUGUCAUAUAAUAUGUCCAUAAAAUAUUUAAUCAGUGGACCUGGUGUAAAUGAAUCUCCAGAGUUUGGGUUGUUUUCUAUAGAAGACAAUGCCAAUGGACAUGUGUACAUACAUCGUACCAUUGACAGAGAGAACACCCCCUAUUUUAAGAUACGUUUUGAUGUUGAAAAUACAGUGACUGGGAAGACAGUGGACAGAUCUUUAUUUUUCAUUAUUAAGAUUAAAGACAUUAAUGAUAAUGCACCCAAGUUUCCCAAGGAGGAAUUUAACAUUGCUAUAAAAGAAAACCAUGAUACAGAUAAGCCAGUUUUCAACGUGACAGCUUUUGACAAAGAUGAAAAAGACACAGCUAAUUCUCGGGUGACCUAUUCCCUUACUACACAGACACCCAAUCUGAAAGAGCCCAGAUUUAACAUCCAUCCUACCAGGGGUUUUAUAGUGAUUUCAGGAUGCUUGGAUCAUCAGACUGCCAGCUCUUUCAAACUUCUGAUCAAAGCCAGAGACGAUGGUACCCCACAAAUGUCAUCUACUGCAACAGUUAACAUUGCUGUUGAAGAUGCAAACAACCACCCACCUGAAUUUACCAAGGAAAAUUAUCAGUUGCAAAUUGAAGAAGGCAAAGUAGGACCAGGCGUGUUAAGGCUCCAUGUGGAAGAUCAAGAUUCUCCAAACACACCUGCUUGGAGAGCAAAGUACAAAAUAGUGAAAGGCAAUGAAAAGGAACAGUUCAUCGUUGAGACCGAUCCUGAAACAAAUGAGGGCAUUUUAAGGGUUAUUAAGCCUCUGGACUAUGAAGGUGACUCAGAGAAGAGACUUGUCAUUUCUGUUGAAAACGAAGAACCUUUAUCUUCAUGUCAUAAAGGGAAACUGAGGAGCCCUCCUGUAGCCCCCAUUAGUGCAUCCGUGGCUGUGAAAGUCCUAGACACAAAUGAUGCUCCUGAAUUUCACCCUCCUACACUUGUUCUUCAAAAAGAAGAAGGCGUGAAGCCUGGGACGAGGCUUGGAAAAUAUUCUGCUGUAGAUCCAGAUGUGGUGCCAAAUAAUAUAAAAUACACAGUAUUUCAUGAUCCAGCAGGGUGGGUGACUGUUGAUGAGAACUCUGGCGUUAUUACUGCCAUGAAAGAACUUGAUCGGGAAUCCCCCUAUGUGAAUGACAGUGUUUACCCCAUCAUUUUUCAUGCCAUAGAUGAUGGCGUCCCACCGCUGACGGGCACUGGCACCAUUCUGCUUUACCUGUCUGACAUCAAUGACCACAUGCCAACAUUAGUCACACGUUCCUUGGAAGUUUGUGACAAAGCAAUACUGACUCCUCUCAUCAUAAAGGCGGAGGAUAAUGACUCCCAUCCGUAUGCCAGUCCUUUUACAUUUAAACUCGCUGAUGACUCAAAAAGUAUAAAGCAAAACUGGAGAUUGGGAAAGAGUUUUGGUGACUCGGUUGAACUUUUAAUGUUGAGAAACCUCCCGCGUGGCAAGUAUUUGGUGCCUCUCCUAAUUCUGGACAGGCAGGGAUUAUUCUCUAUGAAGCAGAAACUGUCUGUGAGGCUCUGCCGUUGCCCAGAUGGACACGUAUGCGAAGAACCGAACUCCGUGCCAUUGAGUCUGGGAGGUGGCGCCAUUGCUGUGAUUUUGGCAGCCCUCCUGUUACCUCUAGUGGCAGGCUGUCUUCUGCUGCAGUGUUACUGUGGAUCUGAAAACAGGAAAAGCCAAGCCAAUCUCCCUUUUGAAGAAGGCAACCAGACUUUAAUCAAGUACAAUGAAGAGAGUGGAAACGUUUUGUCUCAGGUUAUGCCUGAUGUUUUGGAUUAUGAAAGCCAACUCUCUACAUAUGCACAAGUUAGAAAAGGAAAACAAAUGCCUGAGGAUGUAAAUGGAAUGGCACCAUCUCCCUCCCUUACAUCCAGUCGAGGACACUAUGACCAAGGUCGAUAUAGGCUCUAUCACCUCAGCAACCGGGAGGAGAACAUGGUCACUUACCAACCUCACACAUAUGCCGAGGAGGGAAAACUAGAGAGAAGCGGCUCCUUCAGGUCGCUGCUCAUUUUCGACGAUGAACUGCCCAAGGAUUUCUUGGACACCCUGGGACCAAAGUUCGCCGCUCUGGAUGAAAUCUGCCAGAAAUGA